GGGCCAGCCGGCUGAUUUCUGGCGGCGGAGGGAGCGGCGCGCCGAGCGCCCAGGGCUGCGCUUCCCGGCCGGCGGGGCGACGCCGUGGGCCGGCCGCUCCGGGCUCCCCGACGCCACCGGCGCCCCAGCUCCGCCCCAGGCCUCCCCGCCAUGCGCACCGGCUAGUGCGCCUCGGGCGCAGCGCCCACCAGGCCGGUCCCGCCGCUCGCCCCGCUGCCGGCAUGCUGCGCCCGCUGCUGCUCGCCGCGCUCUGCCUGGCCGGCCGGCUGGGAACCUCCCGCAGCUGCCAGCUGCCCUCGGAGUGGAGACCCCUGAGUGAGGGCUGCCGCGCCGAGCUGGCCGAGAUCAUCGUGUAUGCCAAGGUGCUUGCGCUGCACCAAGAGGUGCACGGCCUGUACAACUACCUGCCCUGGCAGUACGAGGCCGGCGAGGCGGGUCUCUUCUACUCGGCCGAGAUCGAGAUGCUGUGCGACCAGGCGUGGGGCAGCAUGCUCGAGGUGCCCGCGGGCUCCAGGCUCAACCUCACCGGCCUGGGCUACUUCUCCUGUCACUCCCACACCGUGGUCCAGGAUUACUCCUAUUUCUUCUUCCUCAGGAUGGAUGAAAAUUAUAACCUCUUGCCUCAUGGAGUCAAUUUCCAAGAUGCCAUCUUUCCAGACACUCAAGAGAACAGAAGGAUGUUUUCCAGCCUUUUCCAGUUUUCAAACUGUUCCCAAGGGCAGCAACUGGCAACUUUCUCCAGUGACUGGGAGGUCCAAGAAGACACUAGGCUUAUGUGUUCCUCGGUGCAGAAGGCCCUGUUUGAGGAGGAGGACCACGUCAAGAAGCUGCAGCAGAAGGUGGCCACCCUAGAGAAGCGGAACAAGCAGCUGCGGGACCGGGUGAAGAAGGUCAAGAGGUCCCUGCGGCAGGCGCGGAAGAAUGGCCGCCACCUGGAGCUGCUGAACCAGAAGCUGAGCGAGAAGCUGGCGGCCGCGGCAGGCGCGCUCCCGCACAUCAACGCGCUGGGCCGCGAGCCCGCGGGCGCCGCCUACCUGCGGGGGUAGCAGGGAUGGAGCCUUGGCUUCACCUGGUACCCGCUGAGGCCUCUCACGGGGAGUGGAAAAGGACACUGGUUUAGACGGGCACGUAGCUCAAGAACUCUUGUAGAUGAUGAUAUUUUUACUGUGCAUUUGGUAGCAUCUAGUUGGUUUACAAGGCAAGUCUCCUAUCUCCUUGGCUGCCGGCCUCCUGCCCUUCCCUUGUCCCAGACCCAGUGCUCUGAUGCCAGCAGUGCCCUAUGCUUGCCUGGGGCCUGUCCCUGGCUUCCAGGAGCAGCUUGGAAAAAGUGCACUUAUUAGGGAAAGAACAUUUUAGAAUCUCUAGAGGUACAGAACUCAAGGGGUUCAGCCUCCAUUUCCAAAGAAAGGGAGUGUGGUCCCAGCUCUCAGCAGCAGGACAAGCGUUGGUUUGAAGGAAUGAUAGGUCGUGAAAUCUUCUGGUGUCAUUAAGACUUACGGAGCUCAUCACAAGUCAGGGAGUGGAGCUAGAGGUGGCAGGUAAUUAAGUAAGAAGAAUUAUACCUGAUUUCCAACCUCAGCUAUCCAGAGUUACAGAGGUUUCCCAUGGGCCACUUUAAAGGGGAAUUGCCUUUAUGGUCCUGUCCUGUUUCAUGAAAGCACAUUUCUAAGUUGGAGGAGCUCGAACAGUAUCUCAGCCCCUACUAAAUUCUGACUUACUGUUUGCUCAGUGAUUACUUCCAACUUCUCUGAAUUCGAGGUGAGCUGACCCAAUAUGUUGUGAAUUUCUGUUGUGCAAAGACACCUCCUUACCUACUGGGGUCUCGGGACCUUGCCUCGUUGCUCUGCUCCCAAAAGGGCUUGUUGAGGGUGUUCCGAUCUUGGCUUCUUUAUGCAAAUGCUUUGCACCCACCUGGACUGUCCAGACAGACCCUGGGAGUAGUGUUUGCACAUCAGCCCGCUUCUCACUGCAUUAGAUCCUCUGUACGAUCGCUUCACCUUCUUUGGGAAGAAACCUCUAGAGAGAGUAUUGCAAGUAAAAGAUAUUCACAAUACCUAACACUUGAGCCCUUCACUUAGCCACAUGUGAUCGCGUCCCAGCUGUGUGACUAAGAAGCGCCCAUCCCUUGGUUAUCUUCUGAUGAUGGUUCUCCAAACCAACCAGUGUCCCUUCCCUGCUGUUUUAGGCAGAAGCUGCCCCUUUACCACCCCAGAUACAGGAGGGCCCGACAAUGCCGUCCUCUCCAUUGGAAAUGGCAGUUAGGGUCAGAUUUCCAUCCCCUGCCUUUAGAAAAACCAUGUCCUUCUUGCUCUGGCAGCGCGCCUGGGGCAUGAGCCUUGUGACACUUGGGUCUUGAUGGCAGGCGAUGGCCUCAGAGGAGAAGCCAACGCCCUGGACUGCACAGCAUGGGGACUUUUGCUCAAGGGCUCUUUACCGCUAAGCUUCUGCCAGCACUUUGUCAGCUGUAGUCUUCAUGGUCUGGUACAAUAGAAGGCACGUCUUGUGGUUUAUUCUUCCCAGGGACGUUUCAUUACAGCAGUUUUGCUGCCACCCAAGGGAAUGACAAGCCUAACGGUGAUUUACAGCCAGCGUUUGGAGAACUGUGGAAGCUGGAUCUCUUCGGAUGCAUUAUGUUCUGCCUUUUCAAUAAACGUGAGCCGAUAGUUCAGCCACA